AUGCUCAAAAGUCAGCAGUUACAGAAAGGAGGCAUGGGCUCCAGUCGCACCAGUAUCCCCUGGAGCGCCCAUGGACAUAAGAAGACCUUUUCACGACCACCGCUGCUCCCAGAAAAGAUGCCCCCUACUGUGCUCAAGAUGGUGCAUAGAUUAUCUGCAUUGGAGCAACCAGGAAGCCAGUUCCUUUCGAUUUGCAGCUCAGAGCUCCAGAGUCCCAGUCUGCCGGUGGCAUCUCCCGCCAGUUUCUCUUGUUUGCUUCGAACGGCAGCGGUCUCCCCGCCCCACCCCCCACUAAGUUCACGCGCAUGCUUUCCGGUUCCCGGCACCGCGGGUCACGCACAGCCUCCCGCGUGCAAGUCGCUGGGUCCGAAACAAGCCUCAAGAAAGGAGACACGAGGUACGGGCGGGAACGACCCGACAGGAAGGGAGACCCAGACGCGCGCAGGCGCUCAGGCGCUCAGGCGCCCGAGCAGGCGCGGCGCGCGCGGCCGCUACACAGAGCGGGGCAGGACCGAGAUCAAACCAGUUCUCAUUGACAGAACAGACAGACGUGCUCCAAAGCAGAACCAGCAAGACAUCUGCAUCGCAGAAGACCUGAGAACACAUUCCUCUGAAAUUAUUUGCAGAUUCGGUCUCUCCAGGGGAGCUGAGCACACAGGGAGCACACAGGGGGCGGCUCUGUGUUUCGGCUUUCAGAAUCAUGGCGAUCCAGCCGAAGCUUUGAGCCCUGUGAGGACAGGAGGCCUUCUUCAUCCGCAGUACAGAGCUGUCGGGCUGCUUGCCCCCAAGUGUUUGAAGCCACCCACACACACUCUGAAGCACAGUUCCCAGCCGCUGACGACUCAACACUGUCAAAUGACAGUCACAAUGCCUUCAUCAUUAGUUUGUGAAACACACUAUGCAAAUGGGGCUGCAGGGUGUAAGAAGAAGAGGAAAAUGUAUUUCACGACAGCAAUAUCUUAACUCUGAGAAACAGGAGACAAAUUGGGCCAGGUGAUUAUUUUAAAAGAACCAGUGGCUGAGAGUGAGAACUAAAAGCAAAUCUCUAUCAGAGAAUUUGAAAAACCCAAACAAGCCAUGUCAAGCCUUCUUGCAUGAAGACCUCCUAGUGCUUCAGGGAGAAACGGUAUAAAGAGGACUCUAGGAAGAUGCCAAGAGAUGGGGCACCAGGAUCACAGGUGAAUAUCCUCACCCAGGGUUCAGCAA